AAAUUUUUUUUUUAACCAAAGAGCAAAAACAUUUUUAGUUCUUCCUAGCAUAAGCAGGUUGUAAUUAAUUAAUUGACUGGUGGCUUGAUUCUGCAUGCUUUAUUGGAGUUUGGAAGUUUACAUGAGGCAUGAAAAUUGUUGGUGUACGUUGCGACAAAAGUUGGUAAAAACGUGAAGAAAUUUAAAGUUGGUGACAAGGUUGGCGUAGGGGUAUUUGCGGGCUCCUGCAAGACAUGUGAACCCUACCAACAAAACUUGGAGAACUACCGUCCUAAAAUUAUUUUUACUUAGAACUCCAUUGACCAAUAUGGAACUAGAACCUAUGGUUAUUCUGAUAUGAUAGUUGUUGACCAGCGUUAUGUGCUUCGAUUCCCUGAUAACUUACCACUUGAUACCGGUGCAACCCUGUUGUGUGCUGGGAUCACGGUCUACAGCCCCAUGAAAUACUAUGGAAUGACUGAGGCAGGCAAGCAUUUAGGUGUUGCUGGACUUGGUGGUCUCGGCCAUGUGGCUGUGAAGAUUGCGAAAGCCUUUGGGUUGAAAGUCACUGUCAUUAACAGCUCACCGAAGGAGGAGAGUGAAGCAAUCGAUAAACUUGGUGCUGACUCAUUCCUUGUUUCCACUGACCUUGAAAAAAUGAAGGCAGCUAUGGGUACCAUGGACUUCAUUAUGGACACAAUUCCUGCAGUCCAUCCCCUACUUCCUCUGCUUAGUCUGCUAAAGAUGAAUGAAAAACUGGUCACUGUGGGCUUGCCUGAUAAGCCCCUGGAGCUGCCCAUUUUUCCAUUAGUUCUAGGGAGGAAGUUUGUUGGGGGAAGUCAAAUUGGCGGCAUGAAAGAGAUGCAGGAAAUGAUAGAUCCUUGUGCCAAGCGCAACAUUGCUGCAGACAUUGAGCUGAUCCGGAUGGAAGAUAUCAACACGGCUAUGGGGAGGCUUGCCAAAUCUGAUGUCAGAUACCGAUUCGUGAUCGAUGUGGGGAACUCCCUGUCCCAGUAGGUGCCUUCACCAAUCACCAUGCUUGCCCUGCUUGAUUGCAGAUCCAGGCAUAAUAAUAUUGUGCUCUGGCUUAUUUUAUCAUCUUAUGGAAGUUUAUGCUUUGGGAGGGAACUGAUGAAAUUAAUAAUAAUGGCUUGAACUU